AGGUAGGUAGGUAGAUAUGUAGGUAGGUAGGAGGCAAAUAGAUAGGUUGGCAAAUAGGCAAGAAAGCAAGAAGGAAUUCUCGUACGGUGAACGGUAAGCAACAGGUAUUUAAAUGAGAAACCGGAUGGUCGAUUCGAGGUGGUUCGAUAGAGGACGCCACGUCCUUCUCGUUCCGGCUAUGUACCUGCUACGAUCGUUUCCAAGAGCCGUUCUCAACACGAUUCGACGAGCACUUCGGCCGUUAUUCUUCUCUCUCCUUGCCCCACUCCAAAUGACUGCUCGACGUUCCAUCGGUCCCCUCUUCUCCCCACUCCUAACGACUUAGGAACGGCAGCAGAACAGCAGCAGCACCUUUCUCGAGUCGCACGGGCCCCGUGAGUAGUCUCGGUCCCCACCCAAGACGGGCGACUGCAUGAGUGAGUGUCAGCAGCACUCAGUACAGUUACUGACGGCCCCGCGCUGUGAACCGUUGCCGUUGGCCGUUGUUUUCGUCGUCGUCGUCGUCGUUAUCGUCAUUUUCUACUUCGUCGUCGUCUUCUUCGUUAUCUUCUUCGUCGCGUUUGUCAUCGUCUACUACUCGUCGGACUCGAGUCAAUUUGUUUUACUAUGCGUAGCUCUUGAUACACAUAUGCAGUCCAACAAAGUGCUUUCGAACGUAGGUACGUAUGGACGAGGUUAGCACGAUGACCGUUCUACCACCACUACCGGCAAAGACUCAAAGUCGGGAUGGCAACCAAGUCGCUCGGCAGACUGUGUCAAUCCGGGCAGCUUCCCCUCCAUCCUCUCCGGCUCUGAGCACAGGUGCCGGAGCAACGGUAUUCGUCGGUUCUCGUGCCGUGGAUCCUACGGCAAGUACCAAGAGACGAGUCCCGGAAAUACAAACCUCCAACGGCUACGGUAGACAGAGCAACGUCCAGCAUCAGGAGCAACAGCAUCAAUAUCAGCAUCAAAAUCAGUAUCAACAACGACAACAAGCGUCACACGUAGUUAAGAUAAAGAUCAAUCCGGAUGGGGAUAAAAACGGGAAGGUUAUAUCAGCGGUAAGAUUGACCUUGGACGGAAACGAGAAGAAUAACGGAGUAACGUGUGAACGUUCGUCCGUAGCGGAGCGCGACGGUGCUGUGUUGGUGAGUGCGACGAAUCUUGUGAACGAGAAUCUUCGCGAGAGUGGUGUUGUUGGUGAGGGUUGUGUGAGAAUCAGUGUAGGGGGUGACGCCUUGAGAGAUAAGAAAACUUGCACGUACGAGCAAGAUACCGCGAACAAUAACGACCAAACCAAUAAAAAUAAAAAUAACAACUACGGUAACGAGAACAACAACAACAACAACAACAGCAAUCAUAACAAUCGUAAGAAAAACGACCAAGUUAUGGUUCAGCGGGCGACGUCGGAGACACCGAAUUCUUCUCCCUUAACCAAUCGAUCUAGCGGCUGCAUUUAUUAUAAUUCUUUUCAAAAUCCGCUGAACACCAUGGUGAUGUCCAGUGGACAGUGUUCACCGAGCGACACCUUGGAUAGUGGAACUUGCAGCGACUUGGAUGGUACACCUCCUCCUUUACCCAAGAAGAAAAACAUCAACAAGGGUAUCGGAGGUGGAACAAGGGUCAUACUAUCAGUAGGAAAACACGAUCUCACCGGUAGUUUGACUAGUAGCGGUGCGGAGCUCGAUAGCGAUGAUAACGAGAGCAACAUCAGCUGCGAUUCUUUAAACGGUGCCGAGCUUAACGGUAGUAUCCUUUCUCGAAACGUUAAUGGGACUAAAUCUCCGAACGAGAACGGUCAAGAGAUUGUCGAGUAUCAACAACGUAUACAACGUACAAGGAGUAACGACCUUGGCAGAGUAAUCAAGGACUCCGAAGAACAAGUGGAGGAGGUCGAAGAACUCAACGACGAUCAUAGGGCUAACUCCGACGAUUUAUCCAGAGAGGAAUCGGCUUCGCCUAGCGUCUCUCCUUCGCCUUCUAGAACGUCCUCUUUGUCGAAGGCUUCUUCGACACCCAGAAUCAGGAGUCCAGAGCCUUUCGUUGAUCGAAACAGCAGUGGAACCACCUCUCCUGUCGUUCGUGAAUGUACCUAUGAAGAGAGAAAACAGGAACAGGAAAGAAUAGAACAAGAGAAUGCAGCUGCCGAGUUUUACGCGAACUACAAUCGAUCGAGCGGUAACAAGUACGUCUACGACGAUGACAGAUUCUACAAGUUUCACUUGAACGAGCUGAGACAGGAUAACAACGAGGAUUCGAAUAAAGAACAUAAGGAACCUGGAGCCCUCGGAGAAAAAGAAACGGAUGAGUGCUUCGCUGGUUACAAGAUUCUCGAAAGGGAAGCCAUACGCAGUGCCAAGGGAACCGUGCGUGGUGUUAAGAACAGAGUACGCGCUGGUAUAGCUACCUUCCUUCAAAAACCAUCUUCCAAGGCUUAUAAGGCAAAGGAAGAGGGUAAGGUCGUGGUUUACACCACCUCAUCCGGUAUCGUCAGACUAACGUUCUACAAUUGCAUGAAGGUAAAGCAGAUUUUGAACACGCACAUGGUGAAAUACGAGGAAAAAGAUCUCUUUCGUAGCGCUGAACUUCAGACAGAGUUGAGAGAUCGAAUAGGUUGUACGGCGAUUCAGGUGCCACAACUUUUCGUCGGUGGACAGUACAUUGGAGAUGCUGACACCGUCGAACGGCUCAACGAAUCCGGAGAAUUACGCCGGAUGCUUAAACCUUACCAGAGCGACGGCGCGUGUCCUUCGUGCCUGUUUUGCGGAAAUUAUCGACUGCUGGUCUGUCCCGUUUGCAACGGCAGCAAGAGAUCCGUUCUGCGCAACGAUUUCACCGUUGAAUUUGUUGCCUUGAAGUGUAUGAACUGUGACGAGACCGGUCUGGUUCCCUGCCAACAUUGUUGAGAAAGAAGAAGGAAGAAAUAAAAGGGAUUUCUCCCUUUGGCACGUCGUCGACGUUCGACGCUUUAUCAAGCAACGUACUAACAAGCAACUCUCCGACUAUCUUCCCUUUCUCUUUAUUUAAGACUCGUGGUGCUACGACGAAGUAUAAUACGUUUCGACGUUUCGAAUAAUUCAAAGAUAAUGAUUUGAGAAAAAAGAAUAAAGGAAUGAGAAAUAGAGAGAGAGAGAGAGAGAGGGAGAGAGAGAGGGAGAAGGAGAGGAAGAGUGAAAGAGAGUGAGAGAGAGAGAGAGAGAGAGAGAGAGAGAGAGAGAUAAUGCCGACUAACCGUGUUUCGUGCAGAUGCUCGCGAUUUGUAACAUAUCGGUUAAUAAAUAUUGUCUAAAUUUUUGUAAUCUGCCACACCCGAUAUCGAUCCUUUCUCUUGAUCGUAUAUAGAACAGCUGGAAUUCUCGAUGUCACAUGAAAGGGGGUAUGUAUCAAUUUGGCUUGGCCAAUUACAGAUAUUUUAUUUAUAUUCUCGAAUAAAUAAAAAGUCAUUACUUUUAUUCUAA